AUGGGUAGCACCGGUAGUACGUAUAGCACCGGUAGCAUGGGUUGCAUGGGUAGCACGGGUAGCACCGGUAGCACGUAUAGGACCGGUAGCACGGGUUGCACGGGUAGCACCGCACGGGGAGCACCUGGCAGCACAGGUAGCACGGGGCAGCACAGGAGCUCGGGGCAGCACGGGGAGCACGGGGCAGCGCAGGAGCACGGGGCAGCACAGGAGCACGAGGCAGCACAGGAGCACGGGGCAGCACAGGAGCACGGGGCAGCACGGGGAGCACGGUGCAGCACAAGAGCAUGGGGCAGCACAGGAGCACGGGGCAGCACAGCAGCACGGGGCAGCACAGGGAGCACAGGGGGGAGCAGCGGCAGGAGGAGCAGGCAGGACAGGGGGGGAGUGGUGGCACCGGGGGAGCCGGCGGUUGAUGCAAUUGGGGCUGGGGUUCGGGAAACUGGUUUACGGGAGGGUGCUGCUGCUGUGAAGCCAGGUUUGACGCUGCGGGUGGAGACUGAUGUGGCUGUAGUGGCUGAUUUGACGAAGGCGGGGCGGGAGACGCACUGGCCUGCUGCCGGGACCGUAGCCGCCUCUGGCGACGGCUUAAUCCCGCCCGCUGCGGAGCUGCCGGCGGCGGCGACGCCGCCACCUUCGGACGGGGAGUCUGAGAUUGCUGCGGUCGUAGCCGAGGCAGCGAGGCAACAAGAACAACCCCCGAGCGAACCGUCUGCGCCGACUGCCGCUGAGUUCGCCGGAACGCCUACUGCUGCCCCGGCCGCAAGCACGCACGAGCACGGCCGGGCGGAGGGUGGAAAUGAGGGUCCCGCGAUCGUCGUCGCUUCCGCUGCCGCCCCGGCGAGGAGGAAGACGAAGCUUCGCGCCAAGCCAGCGCCGAGGCGGCUCGGAGCAGGGCUGGGACCUGGGGUCCCGGGACCCCUCCUGGGCUGGCUUCGGCAAGGGCAGUCGCCACCAAGGCAAACGCGUUUGUUGUCAUCUGCACCACAGCCUGCAAUGGGACCCAGCGCGAGGAGCAACACGGAAGCAGCCGUCAUAGCGUACGCCGACAACAUCACGGUGGUGGGACCACGGGAGGAUGUGUUCAAGGCCUUCGACGCUAUCGUCACAGAGCGGGCAAAGCGCGGGCUGCGGUGCAACGUGGCAAAGUCAUCGGCAUGGGGACCGCGGGAGAGAGAUGAGGGGCGGAUCGGACCGCCACAUGGAUUGCGGAUGAGUACAGAGGGGAUCAAGGUGCUUGGCAGCCCCAUCGGCACGCCGGAGUACUGCACCACAGAGAUCCGAAAGGCGCUCUCCAAAACAUCAGCACCUGUCCCUCUUAUCACGCAGCUGCACCCACAACACGCCCUGCUACUACUCUCCCGCAGCAUCUCAUGCAGGAUCUCAUACCUGCUCCGCACCACACCGAGCAGCGCAUUGGAACGGGAGGAGUGGAGGGCGUGGAGCGAGUCACUGGUAGGGGCGGCGCUUACUGCAGCCAAGCUUCGGAUCCCGGCAAGUGAGCUGGAGCAGAGCCUCUUGUGGCCACAAGCAACUCUGCCCGUGCGCCUUGGGGGGCUGAGCAUCAUUGAUCCCGUCUCCGAGGCACCAGCGGCGUAUAUUGCGUCCCUGACAGCAGCACAUCACCUACUACAGCAGAUGAACUUGCGGGAGCAGGAGCUGUUGGCGCGGGCGGAGACGCUGCUGUCCAGAGAAUGGGCCCCCCCGCCCCCAUCGUCAAACGUGCUGGUGACCCUGGAGGAGAGGCUGCCGGCGGAGGCACGGAUGGCACUACAGUCCUACAGGGAAGGCCCUCAGGGGCAGGGCAACCUGCAGCUUCUCUUGUCCAAGCACAUCAACGUGGUUCGGGCCAGGGAGCUGCUGGCUGAUACUUUGGUUGACAAACCAGGGGAAGACCAGAGGCACGGGGUCCGGCUGGUCAGUUUGAGGGGGGUAGGAGCCGGGGAUUGGCUACACGCAGUGCCGACGAGAUCUGACCUUACAUUUGCCCCUGGUCAGUUCUCGUUGGCACUCGGGUUCCGCCUCGGGAUGGCCCUACCAGUCACGGUCAAGUGUCCCUGUAAACGCGACAACUCGAAAAUCAAGGAUACUAGCCUGGCAAAUCACCUGCUCCGGUGUGGGGAGGGAGGGGAUGUGGUGAGGACGCACAAUGCCCUGGUCUACACAGCUCUGAGAUUGGCAAGGGAGGCAGGCUUCAAUACCUUCCAUGAAACGUCGGUGUUUUCACCCCGUGUCCACCGCAAGAGGGCAGACCUUGCAUUCCAGGGCAAAGAAUCAGCGGAGACUUGGGUCACGGAUGUAACAGUGACAGACCCGGUGCUGCAGAAGCGGGACCCUAGGGUGCGAAAGCCGCCUGGGUGUGCUGCCAGGGAAGCUUCCGAGAAGAAACAUCGCCUGUAUGAUGGCCGCCCCGACUACGUGGGGUGCUUUGGCCUUGCAGCUGAAACUUACGGGGCGCUGGCGACAGAUACAGUGCAGUUUCUUGAGCUGUUAGCUGUAGCCACAGCGAGGAAGAAAUUCAGGCAGGGGCCGCUUACUACCACAACCUCCCGCCUAAAUGCACACUACCGUCAACGCUGGUCGGUCAUGCUGCAGCGUUCCCAGGCGAUUUCUUUCCGUAACAAGAGCAACAUGGCGGCCGAGGCGGCCUUCCCCCAAGCACCUACGGACCCCUGGGAGCCGAGCCUGGGGGAUCUCUGGCAGGUGCUCGAUGACGACCUUGCAAGAGUGUAG